CAGUAAGAAAGAAAAAUCCCCGGACAGUUUCACUGAAGUUCCUCAUUCUGGAGGGUAACAGUCCGUGUCCACCAGUUGACCCACUUGUCAGAUCAAAUACCACUAGUCUGUCAGUCAGCUCAAUCUGAUGAACAACUCAGGCAAGAAAUCUGAGGACUGAAAACUUCUUCACAGUGGAUUAACUGUUUCCUUAACCGGGGAUAUAUAUACACACACAAAAAGGCAGAAUGGGUUGUAUAAAAUCCACGCUGAGCGAAGGGCUGGGCGGAGGUGUGGAGGGGAAGAUCAGCCAGCAGACUGUACGUACCGAGCAAACGCACUAUGUCAGAGACCCCACCUCCAAUACUAAAAACAACAUAAAUAACUCCCUGUUGCCUGGCCAGGUCUUUCAAAAGAUGGAAGAGCAAAGUGGGGCUGGUAAAAUAGUGGUCAGCCUUUAUCCGUACGAAGCUGUGCACCAAGACGACUUAGGAUUCAAGAAAGGAGAAAAGAUGAAAAUCCUAGAGGAACAUGGUGAGUGGUGGAAAGCAAGGUCCCUAACAUCUAACAGAGAAGGAUUCAUCCCGUCCAAUUAUGUCGCCCAAGUUGACACCAUGGAAACAGAAGAGUGGUUUUUCAAGGACAUCACGAGAAAGGAUGCAGAAAGGCAGCUGUUGGCGCCGGCAAACAAACCAGGGUCUUAUCUUAUCAGGGAAAGUGAAACAUCAAAAGGAAGCUACUCAUUGUCCAUCCGAGACGUGGACGCCCAGGGGACAGAUUCAGUUAAACACUAUAAGAUCAGGAUGAUGGAUAAUGGUGGUUACUACAUCUCUCCUAAGAUCUCCUUCCUUGACAUUGGCAGCAUGAUCAAACACUACCACAACAAAGCGGAUGGCCUGUGUCGUAAACUGGAUCGUCCAUGUGUAAAACCCAAAGCUCAGAAGCCGUGGGAUAAAGAUGCCUGGGAGAUUUCCAAAGAUUCUAUUAAGAUGGUGAAGAAACUAGGAGCAGGGCAGUUUGGAGAAGUCUGGAUGGCCUACUACAACAACAUAACCAAAGUAGCCGUGAAGACGCUGAAGCCGGGCACCAUGACGGUCGAAGCCUUCAUGGACGAAGCCAACGUUAUGAAGACACUGCAGCACGAGAGGCUGGUGCGGCUCUAUGCUGUUGUCACCAAGACAGAGCCCAUAUACAUCAUCACUGAAUUCAUGGCGAAUGGGAGCCUACUAGACUUCUUAAAGAGUGACGAAGGGUGCAAAUUGCAACUACCCAAACUCAUCGAUUUCUCGGCACAGAUAGCAGAGGGCAUGGCGUACAUAGAGAAGAAGAACUACAUCCACAGAGACCUGAGAGCAGCUAAUGUUCUGGUGUCAGAGAGCCUGCUCUGUAAAAUAGCUGAUUUUGGACUAGCAAGAGUCAUAGAGGAUGAUGAGUACUCAGCCAGAGAGGGAGCCAAAUUCCCCAUUAAGUGGACCGCUCCAGAGGCCAUUAACUACGGCUCCUUCACCAUCAAGUCAGACAUGUGGUCCUUUGGAGUUCUGCUCUAUGAGAUUAUCACCUUCGGGAAAAUCCCCUACCCAGGUAUGACUAAAGGAGAGGUGAUGUCCUCGGUGCAACGUGGCUACCGAAUGCCGCGGCCUGACAACUGCCCCACCGAGCUGUACGACAUCAUGAUGUCCUGCUGGAAGAACAAACCGGAAAACAGGCCCACCUUUGAUUACAUGCAGAGCGUCCUGGAUGACUUCUACACAGCCACAGAGGGACAGUACCAGCAACAACCUUAGAGAGGGACGCAUACUGUACAGAGAGACUCUGACAUAUGAAGACAUUUCACUUGCUUGUUUUUGUAUAUAUGACACAUUCUGCACACAAAUAUAUAUAUACUGUAUUUUUUGCCGUUGAGAAUAUAUGCAAGCAUAACCACGAUACACUGUAUUGUGGCCACUCAAAGUAUAUUUCAAAUAAGUGCCAUUUCAAAUAACUGUGUGACAGAUAGCAUUUUUGUGUAGUUUAAUCUCACGCCUAAGCAUAUCCUGAGGUGUAUAUGAGAUGGAUUUUUACACAAAAUGGAUAAAAACAGGUGAGCAUUAUAUAGAACAGAGAGAGGGAGUCUUACUUGUGUUAUUUUCUUUAUACUUUUUGACACUAGUGACUGGACACUUAUGUAUUUUGACCAGAUACUGUUUGUUUAUUUUAAAUAUAUUGUAGUGUACAGAGGGACAGAACAAAGUGCAGACAUUGCAAAGGUAGGAGAGAACAUACUGUAGGAAGGUUAGUGUCUUGAUAGAUUUCAGUGCAUGUAAAUAAUGUGGCAAAAUGGAAAAAUGUCAUAUGCUGCAUAUAGAAAUAGCUGUUAAAAUCACUUAUAUUUACUGUUCUUAAACUCAUUUAAAACAGUGCAAACAUUUGUUGUAAUGUAAUUUGUUGUGGCCUUUUUCAAGCAGGGAACCUCAAAACUAUCCCACAGGGGUGAAAGUAGCUUCACAUUUCCAUCUUUGUGGCAUGGUACCGAGGGACAAAUCAUGCUCUAUGAAAUAUUAUGACUUUCCAUUUUUUACAUUCCAAAUUAAAUUAUUUUAUAAGCUGCUCCUAAACCUCCGUCUCCUUGUGAAAUUAGCAAACAUACUGUUGUUGCGCGUGACUGCUAAUUUGGGUUUGUUGUUGUCGUUUCAUCGAUCACCUACUUCAUAUUGAAGUGCGGCUUUUUCUGUUUGUUUUUUGUUAGUUUGUUUGUUUUCUUCAGGGAGUAAAUGUCCAAUCACCUCUCUUCUCUUUAUCUUGUCAUCAUUUCAAAUAUGGUCUUUUAAAAUCAAGUGUGUAGUCUGGACUGAAUAUGUUGCUCUGGUUUGACUCUGUAUACUCGAGAGUAAAAAUAGCUUAAAUUUAAACUGAACCUUAACUGUAAGAAGGAGAGGUACCCAGUUAAUUGUGGGCUAUUUUGAACAUAAGGCUAGCUGAAUGCAUGAGCUGUUUGUCUGCCGUUUAAUAAUGACUUGAUUUGUAUUUUUUGAUUCGUAUUGUACUGAGCUUUUGUCAUUUGAAUGUGUAAAUGUUGUAUGUACUAAAAAUGCAUAAAAUAAAUUUUAUUCUGUGUUGGAUGUCCACAACAAAGCAAUCCUAUAUGACUGUGAAUCUGUGAAUUUGUCUCAAGAAAGAAAGAAAGAACAACAGAAAGAAAAAGAAAGACUUUGACUUUUGUCCUUUGAUAAAAACAAAGGUAAUUCCACUUACAGCUCCUACCCGUUGAGAAAACCUGUAAAAUAAAAAAAAUAUCACACCUCACAGAGGUGUGAUAUCGGAGGAUGUGAAGGCCUUCCUCUUCACACCUUUGCCCUAAAGAUGCAGCGCUUUAUUUUCUCAGAAUGGACAGUCUCAACUGGUGCGAAGGUACUUAUGUGUCUUUAAUAUGCAAUCAAACAAAAUAGGUUUGCAACCAAAAAAUUAAUUUGAGAGCAAAAUUAUCGACACUGUGUGAUUAACCCAUUACAACACCACACAUCUUGAAACAAAAGCAAUCUACAUGCACCAGUUCAAACAUAACAUUAUUGCUAUUACUAAGAUGGAAGUUAUGUGUAAACAUAACUGCACAUUGACUCUCUGUCUUCUCUGCUCCAGCUCUGUCUUCUCCAUGGACUUCAAAACUUCCUUUUUCAUUUACUAACUGUGGAUGUUGCCAAGCUGUCACUCCGUUCGAGACUGGCCAAUAGAGACGUGUCUUACAUCUUUCAGCGUA